UAGCACACGGUACCUGUGUGAUCACCCUGUCAACGUGGGCUUCGCUCUCUGUUUCAGACGCUUGCUUGACGACCGGGCUUACAAUAAGGAACGUUUGACGAAGAGGGUGUCCGUCGUGUUCAAAGAUGUGAUGAAUCAUGAUUUCUUGGAAAUAUGCAUAUUUCAAUAAAUUUAAGCUACUAUAAGUACACCAAUAUUGGAAUACUUAAAAUAUGGUGGGAAUGAAGUGAAUGUGAUGUCGAAUCAUUUGUUUGUUUUUUUAAACCGAAACCGCAAGGAUAGCCCCAGAAUCCGCCAGUAAACUAUCUGUGGUGAACUGCUCACGUGGUUGUGGUAAGUUGUCCAACUAUUUCUGCUGGAGUACAUUUGUUAGGAUUUUAAUGAUAGCUUUAUAGCUAUCAUUAAAAUCCUACAUACUAGUAUGUAUAACUGGAUAGAAAAUUUUCGUUUAGGUAAAGAUAUAUGAAACAGGUACCUGUUUAGUGGACGGAUCGAAGAACAGAAUACUGAAUAUUGAUUGGAGAACCAGAAUGAGAUUUAUGAUCAUCUCAGUGAAUACAUUUACAAGAGCGUUGCGUUGUUGCGUUCUAGUCUUGCAGCCAAUUGUAUCUUCAAUUGUUUCCCAAAGAAUCCCAUAUUAUGUUCAGGGUACAUAGAAAUCUGUACGAAAAUCUUUUAGACGUAUUAACUUAUCCGUGUUUUCCCUCCAUAAGUUGAGUGUGAUUAUGCCUGACUAAACAGUUUCACUAACACACUUAUGUUUUUGGUAGUCUUGCUGUUGUGAUUGAGUGCUUUUGAUUAUCUCCUUAUAGACUGCUUGUGACCGAUGGAUCCCUUUAAAAGCAGAGACAAAAUCCCACGAACUCCACCUGGACAGUCGUUUGUGAACAGGUCUUUGGUUACGGGUACAGAAGCCGGUCUUAAGUGUUUCACAUACGAGUUAGAUAGUCGCAGUUUUGCUGACUGGACUCCUGAAAAACAUACCUUGACUCUUAGAAAUUCUGGCACUGCUUGUAUAAGGGAGCGAGAUAAACCUACGUGUGUUCCGGAAGUUAGGAAGUUAGGAAGCGACCUGACGAGUCGCACACCUUCUCCUCCUCCUACCGUGAUUCGCAGACCGAAAGCAUCAAAAAGGCGUCGCGAGGUGGAGUACAGCUCCUUUAUAUGUCUGGAACCGGAUAUGGCAUCGACUCCGGGUCCAGGCGAUUCAUCUGGUCGCAAGGAGAGGACCACUUCAAAUACUAUAAGGGAGCGAGAUAAACCUACGUGUGUUCCGGAAGUUAGGAAGUUAGGAAGCGACCUGACGAGUCGCACACCUUCUCCUCCUCCUACCGUGAUUCGCAGACCGAAAGCAUCAAAAAGGCGUCGCGAGGUGGAGUACAGCUCCUUUAUAUGUCUGGAACCGGAUAUGGCAUCGACUCCGGGUCCAGGCGAUUCAUCUGGUCGCAAGGAGAGGACCACUUCAAAUACUGAAGACAAACCAAUCGCUGCACGUUUACGGUCACGUAAGAAAUUAUCUCAACAGCCGAUGAAUAAUUGAAUGUGGCUCAUGCUUUGUAUUAAAGUUAAACUGACAACCUUCUGGUACAUGUAUCUGUAAAUGAUUGAGAAAACAUGACAUGUAUUGGGGUACGUAUUUUUGUGACUGGAACGUCGAAUUCUACUAUUUGCGUGAUUAUGUAUUAUGUUUUCGAAGUGAUAUAAAUAGAAAAGUUAAUGUUAGCGCGACAUGUGCCACUGGCAAGAAUUCGUAAGUGUCAUAUUGGUAACAGUUACUGCGAGAAUGUUGAAAGUGGAGGGGUGGGAGUGAGUUGCGAAAAGGCGAAAAUAACAUCAUUGUGAAAUAAUAUAGGAAACGUGAAAUGAAAACAAAAGAAG